AUGGAUCGCUUCAACAUCAAUAGUCAGAUCGAGCAUUUGCAGUCGAAAUACGUUGGCACAGGCCAUGCUGAUACGAUCAAAUAUGAAUGGAUGACGAACCAACACAGAGACAGCUAUGCGUCUUUUAUCGGCCAUGCACCUUUAUUGAACUACUUUUCUAUUGCCGAGAAUGAAUGCAGCGCCCGAGUCAAGUUCAACUUGAUGGAGAAAAUGCUUCAACCAUGUGGUCCUCCUCCUGCACGCGAAGAGCAAUAG